AUGAGUGACGGUAACCCACCGUUGUUCAACAACUCCGCAAACUUCCCCCGCGCAAUGCACGCCGGCUCUGGCAACAACUGGCAAGGCGUCGCCCAUCCGUGGCCGCGUCAACUGUUGCCGCAGGGCAACCAAAUGGGCCAGCUGAUGGGCCAAAUGUCCGGUGCGAUCGGCGGCUUCUGCCCGCCACAAUACAUGCCGCAUCCCCCGGCGGCGGCUCGCGCCCCGUUCCCGGCGUUCGCCAACUGGAUGCACGGCCAAGGAGGCGUCCAAGUGCUCGCCGAGCAGCAACCGCCGCCCCAGCAACAAGCUCAACUCGGAGGCCAAUUCCCGGCCGAGGCUCAGAACUCGGACUCCUCGAAGAACGUCCUCGGUGGCAAUGCUCAAGCCCCGGCCGAAAGCGAGUCCGAGAUUAGCAUCGAGAUACAAGAAGCCGCGAACGCCUACGUGGGCCGCAUCUUCCAACUACGCGAAGGAGCCGCCAUCGGCGACUUUCUACGGCGUAUGCGAGGCUUCCACCAGUCGAAGGACGUGCGCGAGAACCAACUGCACGAGUGCUUGCUGAAAAUUCUGCUCGAGGAAUUCCGCUUUGUGCACGAGUACCCGCGCGAGGGCCUGAUGAUGAUGGCUGAGAUGUACGGCGGACUGAUAAGGGAGAAUUCCCUAAGUCGCCCGCAAUUUCUCGACCUGAUGGGCAAGAUCACGACGAGCCUCAAGUCGGACCCGUUCACGUCGAUGUUCGCCUUCGGCGUCCAUGCUCUCCACGCGGCCAAGGAACGCAUCUGCACCAACCAGAAUUUGUGCUACAGCCUGAUGAAGAUGCCGAACUUCACCCACCUGCCGGAUCAGCUGACCAGCUACAUCAAACACGCCUUCCAGAACCCGCAACCGCUCGCCGCUGCUCCGGCUCGAAGCGAGGAGUAUCUAAUGUCUUCGCAGAGUCUCUCGGCGACCGAGGCCAAAAGCAUGGAGAUGGUGCUCCGGAUCCGCGAAAAAGAAGGAACCCUCUCGAACAAGCCUUCCGACGCCACGCAGGAGCAGGUGGCCUUCAUCUGCAACAACCUCGACAAGACGAACAUGGCGCAGAAGGUCGAAGAGCUGCAGGCGAUCAUCGAGCAGAUGAACGGCAACGACGACUUCAUCAAGUGGCUGGCCCACGAGCUCGUCAAGCGCGCUACCAGCGAGCCGAAGAAUCUGCCGCUGUACGACGAGCUGCAGGCGGCCCUCGACAACAAGGAUCUGGAGCAGCACGUCCGCCACGAGACGAUGAAGAACAUCAAGGUGAUACUCCUUUCCGACAAGGAAUCGGCUACGACAAAUUACCAAGACCGUACCCUGCUGAAGAACCUUGGCACGUGGCUGGGUAGUACAACAAUCGCGCGCUCGAAGGCCAUUGCUUUGGAGGACCUCGACCUCAAGUCACUGUUGCUCGAAGCCUACUCGAAGGGCAUCCACGAGAUGCUCUACGCUGUGCCAUUCGUCUGCAAAGUCCUUCUGGGCGCCGCAAAAUCUGAGGCGUUCCGCCCAACGUCUUCCUGGAUGCACAACGUGCUGAAGACGCUCGGACAGCUGCACACUGUGCCGGACCUCAAGAUCAACCUGAAGUUCGAGAUCGAAGUGCUGUGCAAGGAAAUAGGCAUCUCGCUGGCCGAGAUUUCCGGAAAAAUGCCCGGUGUGCUUGAUAACCCGCAGCUGCUAUCGUCACUACGGCCCCAGCUCUCGACCCGCCAGCCCACCGGCCUCAAGGAGGUGCUCAGUUCGUUGCAGCAGUUCCCGCAAGAGCUCUGCGUUCGGCAGAUUAUCACGUCCAAUCCUGAAGCGCCUCCUCCGGUCGCCGACGCCGAUGCAGGACACGACGGCUGGCCCUCCUUCCGCCUCAACUACGACGACAUCAGCGUCUCUUCACUCGAAGGCCUUUUGCCCCACCUUCAAAUGGCGCAUCCGCUGAUCGAAAACUUCGACGGCAUGGCGAAUGCGAUGAAGUCGUCGCUGGUCCGGGCCAUUCGAGAGGUGUUGGAUGGCAUCAUCCCGCAAACAAAGCGCGAGGCGCUCUCCGUGUGCAGCGUGAUGAUGAGGAAGGACUUUGGAUACGACACAUCAAGCCCGCUGAAGCGCCAGGCAAUUCGAGGCCACCUGAGAUCCAUGUGCUCCGCAUUCGCCUACAAAAAUGCGCAAGAGCCGCUCAAGGAGUCGCUGCUGCGCAGCUGCCAAGAAGCCUUCUUGAAGGUGAUGCGGGUGAACGGACGGGUGGACGUUGAUAAGAAGACCAUGCAUGAUGCCCUCUACUACGUAGUCGGCGAAAACUUCGAGGUCGGGAUGGCGUUCAUCGUCAAGACCAUUUGUGAAUCGACGAUUCACGACCUCGCCCGAAGCCUCGACCAAUCCGUGCCGCAAACCGCAAGCUCUUCCCUCGAACUACGACGGCUAGCUGCUGAACACGCGGCCAAGAUCUCGCUGCUGCCGGCUCGUCUACAAUGGAGUCCGGAUACGUUGGGCAACCAAGAAUACGGGCUCUACGAGAGUCUGUCGUCGAAUCUCUGUGGAUUCAAGAUGGCCGAAGACGAUCAGGCCCUGCCGGCACAGCAAGCGCAAGCCGAGAUCGAAUUCCCGGAUGUGGGCGCGGAGGAGCAAUUUGUUGAGCAAUUGCGCAAGAUGAUCAAAGAUGGCGAACAAGUGCUAUCAACGACGGGCCCUCAAGAAGCAAAGCAAAGCAGUGUGCUGGUGAGCUUCUUGCACAAGAUGCGCUCCCUCCUUGCCGACCCCUCCAAUCAGCAACUUCUGCUGGCCACCCUCUCGCAAGCGCUCUUCCAAUUCCUCUACGUCUACACGCCGUCGCUGUAUCAAGGGCUUCCGGGCUACGAUGCGAUGAAGCGUGUCUCUGAGCUGCUGCUGACCAACAUGCAAACGCUGCGCAACAAAUCCACCGAGCUGCAGAUGGGCGGCAUUCGGCUGACGGGGCUGCUGAUCGAGUGCCAGCACGAAUACAGGUUCAACCAUGAGGCGAUCGAGGUGCUCAUCCGUGAAAACAUGAUCUCCUGCGCCGAAUACGACAAAUGGCUGGCCGAGGUGAUCGACACCGAGCCGAGCAACAGCCGAUACGCCAUGGAGUUUUCGCAAAAUCUCUUCCGGCACGUGACCUCCAUCGGCGUCUCGAGGGAACAAUUCGAGGCCCGAUUCCCACGACUGUCCCAGCGCUUCCAGAAGGCCGACGGCAAGAACUACUUGGCUGACAAGCUUGUUUCAUCCAGAACUGCCCAACAAAAGGCGUUCCCCGAGAUUCCGGCGGCGCCAUCGGCCGAUGUGGAAUAUCAACGCAAGGUGGAAAGAGUGAUUCGGGAGUGGCUGCAUCUUUACUACGGACCGCAAGAAGCUGGUGAGGUGGAGACGCUAGCGAAAAUUCUUCCAAGGAUAAGUGAAGGCGGGUUCCUCUCCUCGAACGAGGCGAUAGAACGGUUCUUGACGGUGCUCCAGGACGUGUGCGUCGACAUUUGCUACCGGUUGCUGAAGAAUGAAACAGCCGACUACAAGGACAUGGCCAUGCGGCAGAGAUCGUACUAUACGGUGGACGCAAUUGUGGCAUUGUUCUGCUUCAUCCUGAAGUACUCCAAUGGCGAUCCGGUGAUCAUCAGGGUCAGCUUGCUAAAGAAGUUCUUGGUGCUGCUGACGAAGCUGAUGAUGGCCGACCACGACACGCGCCGAGAGGGCGAAUUCAACCCGGUCCCCUACCAUCGCAUCAUCGUCGCCUUCCUCGCCCAGGCCCAGGACCCAGCGUCUCCACUCGCCGACAUCCGCUUCCAGACCCUGGAUGCCAUUGGACAGACGCUACUCUUCUUGCAACCGCGCCGAGCCCCUCAAUUCGCCAUCGCCUGGCUGGACAUUGUCGGCUCGCGGCAAAUCCUCGAGCUGUACGUGGCCGCUUCAAAACCACAAGUCUACGGUGAAGCCUCUUCGGUGGAAGAUGUCAAGACGAGGGCAAACUACGUGCAAUUCCUGAUCUGCCAGCUUAAGUUCUUGGCCCCGUGGCUGCGUCGUGAGCAGAUGUCGCCGGCCAUCACCGCCAUCUACAAGGGCACGAUGCGCAUUCUGCUGCUGCUCUUGCACGAUGCCCCCGAUCUCCUCUGCGAGUACCACUACGUGCUGUGCGACAACGUGCCGCCGAAUGCCAUCCAGCUGCGUAACCUCAUCCUGUCGGCGUAUCCGGUGACGACGUAUCUCCCGAACCCGUUCGAGAUGACCUUCACGGAAAUCGUCAAGAUUCCGAAUAUGGCGUUAGACCCGAAGAUGAACCUCGAGCCCGAGAAGAUCCUUCCCGUCGAGAUGCGCACCCGGCUGGAGAACUACUUGCUGAAUCGGCUCGACAUCGACCUGGUCACCUCGCUGCCGCAUAUGCUUGCGUCUGACGGGCAUGACGAGAUCAUGUACAACGCGACGGUGCUGCACGCGCUCGUCCUCUACGUCGGCCAGCAAGCCGUCGCGUCGAUCAAGGCGAAGCGCCAGGAAAUCUCGUUGAUGACGAUAGCGCACACCGCCUACAUGGACGUCUUCCAGAAUCUCGCCAUCGGACUCUGCAAUCAAGGCCGCUACCUGCUGUUGCACGCGAUCGCCAACCAACUACGCUUCCCGAGCGCGCACACCAACUACUUCAUCCACGUGCUGCUCUACUUGUUCAAGAACGCCGACCUGCUCCCCCUCAAGGAGCAAAUCGUGCGCUGCGUGUUCGAGCGCGUGCUCUCGAUGCGGCCACACCCGUGGGGACUGGUGGUGAUCGUGAUCGAGCUGAUGAAGAACCCCGACUACGGCUUCUGGGAGGAGCCCUUCGUCGCGAUGGCCCCCGAGCUGCAAGAGGUGCUCGUCAAGCUGUCGACGCCCGGCGCCCAAUACGCC